AUGCCACGGCGCAAGCCAGCUCGCUAUGUGCCCGUGCCUGCAUCACUCAAGAAGGCCAUCACGAGAUCGUCAGGCCUGAUCACAGAGGACCUCAUCCUUCUUCGCCGCAUCAUCUACAAGAGCACGAACCAGUACCGCCAUUUUGCCUGGUGGAGACGGAUAGAACAAGUUUGCAAGCUAGCCUCGAGGAUGGAGAGGGAACUGAGGUUCUGCAUCGUCGACUUUGAUGCGCCCCCGCCAAUCUCGGAAAUAUCCGUCAAGCUCGGAGGUGCAUGCCUGGACGCCUGUAGACAGCACGCAAAGACAGCCCUGAGGCUGGCAGACAAGCUUCAUCAAGUCAAUGAGCUGGCUUAUGCAGAUCUCCAGCAAGUCAUCAACACACGCUAUUUUGUUCAGCUCGCAGCCGUCUUGCUCGCCAUCCUCGCCCGCUUCGAGAUAGUCACAAAGACGCUCGCGCUCGAUCUCGCGCGACUCGGGGACACGCUUGCCUCGCCUGCCGCAGCCAUCCUACCCAGUCUUCAGCCUAGGCCUGUCCCCAAGCCGCAAACGCAAGCGGCAACCAGCCAACCUGCUGUAGUCAGACGACGUGCAGUCAAGCCAAAGCCAACACCAGAAGCGAGCAAGAAUGAGAUCGAUGACAUCUUUGGCAGCUGA